AUGGACGACAUACCUGCUGCAUUAUACGCGUUUGCCCAAACUACGGACUUCACAAAUCUGCAGGUGAGUUUUGGCAUCGUGACGUUUAUCGUGAGACGGCGGCUGGGAUUGGCAUACCUCUCUGCCCACCUCGCAUACAGCCAAGCCUCACAAGAGAGCGACUUAGUCACUGAAGCCGUUUCUCUCUGGACUACUGCGUCAUCUUCUUUUGUGACUGCAGCGGAUGCUUCUGCAGGCUCCGUCGCCGGCACAGGGAACUUCAACUCAACUUGUCCACCCUUGACAGGAGGAAGCUCACGAGUCUCCGUUGCUGGUGCUUUGACUUGGGCCGGACCACCGAGUGUCAAUGGAGAGACGAUUGGUUCCUGGAUUAUCCUAUCUUCACGGCUAUACCAUCUGGAAGGAGACCAGACUUAUCUGGAUCGAGCAGCGACGUCGAUUGCGUUUGUGAAGGCAUUUCUCUCAAACGGCACCAUGAUCUUCGAUGGUUAUGAUUACGGCACCUGCGCAUUGACGCAGACGUCACACACCGAUAGUAGUGGCUUCUUUUUACAAGGUCUAAGUGCAUAUUACGCCUACAGGAGUGAACCACCUACGACCGAAGAGCUGGACUACGUGAACGAGCUAGCUGCAUCUCUCAUCUUGACCCCUCAUUGGACAGACACCAAUGGUAUCAACAAAGAAAAUGCCAUUACGAAUUCGACACAAAAUAUAUCAUAUAAGAACCCUGGUGGAGCGCGGAAAUCCAUUUUAGUUGAAGGCCUUUAUCAGUGUUUCUUGACAGGCCUCCUCAAUGAUACUGUGAAAAAUCUCACCGAGCAAUACAUAUCGGUUCAAUACAAUGCCGUCCGAGAGCUGGCCAACUAUACGGUUCCUACCAUCAAUCAGCCAAUUUACGGACCAAGCUGGGAGAAGCCCGCUCUGAACUUGACCGAUUUCAACCUCCCUGGGCAGAUCGCAGCAUCCCAGCUCUUCGUCACCGCCCUGGGUGUAGGGCCAAGUCCCGCCAGCUCAGACUCAUCUAUGCGAUCUCGUGUUCGAACAGGCGCGGUCGCAGGCGGUGUUGUAGGCGCUUUGACAGUUGUCGUUGUGGCCAUCCUUGUCGGUCUUUACUGCCGCCGUCGCAAGCGUCGCGCGCGUGGAUAUGUGAGCGAGAACGAUGAGUCUCGCGCGGAUCCUUUCUAUGCGACGAACGAGCAAUACCCGUUAUCUGAGCGCGAUCGCUCUCUCUCGAAGCAUAGGCACACGCCGGGCCUUCGCCCGACUCCGGCCAGUGGGGAAGGGUCGGUUUCUUCAGCGCGUGCGCUGAUCGGCCAAGACCAAGGAGGAGACGAAGGAAUGGUUCCCGUCGACGCGAGUGCACUCCAACGCCUGCUCUUGAGCGUUGGUGGGGCUUUGUCGGAUCUACAACGCCGCAGGAGCCGGAAUGGAGGAGAUGGAUCGAGCAUCACGGAAGGGCCACCGCCGGAUUACGAGGAGGGGGCAAGUAGAGGACACUAG